CAAACCAUAGGGACUGUAAACAUGUUUAGAAAGAUUAUACUGUGCUGGGUUGGUGUUUAUGCUUACGUUAUAUUUGCUUUUAUUCAAAUGGAUUGGUUAAUUAAGAAAAAGAUUGUAUAUACAAUUGAAAAUGAAUUGACUUUUGUGGACCCUGUGUCACCCGGGCAACGGCAUCUAUCAGAAUACGAGUACACUGAAAUGUUCCACACAACAAAUGGAGUAACAAACGCACGUGACUGUGACAUAGCCACAACUCACGCCUGCCAAUUACAUUGUAAACUAGCGAACGCUUCUAACAUUAAUAAUAAUUCAAAUCACCACGCACAUGACGUUAGUACAAAAUGCAAUUUAUAUAAAUUAGUGGAAAAUUGUGAGCAGUUUAAAAAAGUGUAUGGUUAUAAUAGAUUUCCUGUCACCAAUGAAGAAAGAAACUUUCCGUUAGCUUUCGGUUUAAAGAUGCAUCAUCUGCCUGAACAAGGAGAAAUUAUUCUACGCUCUAUUUACAGAAGUCAUAAUGUUUACUGUGUACAUGUCGAUUCAAAAGCAGACUACAAAACAUUUAAUGUUAUAUACAGCAUUGGAAGAUGUUUUGAUAAUGUAGUUAUUGUUAAAGACAGAGAGUAUAUGGUAUACUCUAGCUAUGCACAUGUUAUGUCGGACAUCAAAUGCAUGCGGGCUUUGUUGAGUUCCAAUUUACCUUGGAAGUAUUAUAUAAAUUUGUCUGGAGAGGAAUUUCCGUUAAAAACUAACCUGGAAAUGGUAGCAAUUCUCCAAUUCUUCCAGGGCAUGAAUGAUAUUGAAACAUAUGACCAUCCGAGAGAUCAGAACUGGAAAAUAAAAAACAGAUUUAUCAAAUAUAGCAAUAGCAUGGCGCAGGAUGUUAAGAAGCCGAAAUUUAGAUAUACCAUGAAGUUUAGCAAAGGUAACUCUUUCGGUUUGUUCUCGAGGAACUUCGUAGAAUUUGUAUUUCACGACAAUGUUUCUAAAGAUAUUUUAGCCUGGUUGAAUGACACUUACUCUCCAGAGGAAAAUAUCUGGGCAACAUUGGUAACACUACCCUGGGCACCUGGCGGUUACCCCGUAGAAAUACGUCACAUAGUUUCUUCUUACGUGUCACGUGCAAUGAUCUUCACAGGCGAAAGACCACAGUGUCACGGAAAAUUUGUCCGUGGAUAUUGCCAGUUUACUUGCGGUGAUCUCCCGUGGUUGAAGAGUCGACCGGAAUUUUUUGCAAGCAAACUUGAAUCGCAGAAGAGCAUGGAAACUUUAAACUGUUUAUUUGACUGGUAUAAAACAAAAACUUACAAUCCAGAACUUAUCAACAUAAACUGGGAGUUUUUUAAUCGGCUACCACAUAUUAAGUACCACAGAAAGAAUAAUUUAAUGAUGGGUUCUAAUUUAAAAGUUGAGGAAAUAAAAAAGAAAUGGUUAUCAAAACAUACAAGAAAGGUUUAGCUGUUUAUGUCCCUAUCUGAAAUACAAUUUUUGGCAAUGUUUAUGUUUCUAUAUCUUUUUUAGUGAGCGUCACUUACUUAACAAGAGGGCCAAGAUGACCGUAGUUGCUCACCUGACCAAUCGAACUCAUCCGUGCAAUUACUUAGACAAGCAUCCUGACCAAGUUUCAUGACAAUUGAUUAAAAAUAUGACCGCAAGAGCGUUAACAAGGUUUUUCCAUAUUUGGGCAGUUUGACCUAGUUUUUGACCCCAGGUGACCCAUAU